GUCCUGUCCUCUCCUCUGUGGCCCCAGCCAUAGCAGAGUUUCCAAGGCGUGUAUGUGGUUGCUAGGCAUCUAUUGCUAGGCAACCUCUGUUAUUCCGGCAAGGCCUUCUCAGGGAGGGCCUGGCUGACUUCUCCCAGCAGCAUCUGCCUCCUGUGGCCUCCGCAGACCUCAGGGAGGGCAGGCCCCAGCCUGCCGCCCAGCACAAUGGUGGGGAAGCUGCCCCUUGGGGUGAUCUCCCCCCAUGUGAAGAUGAGCUCGGGGGGCUGUGUGGACCCCCUGAAGUUCUACGCCACCACCUACUGUACGGCCUACGGUCGGGAGGAGUUCAAGCCCCGCGUGUGCAGCCACGUGGGCACCGGCUAUAGGUCAAACCUGCGGCCCCUGGUCUCGUACCAGCCCAGCCUGGACGCCCUGGACAACCCGGCCGUGGGGUACCAUCUGGGUGCCGCGAUCUGCAGGGCCCUCAUCCCCAGGGACACCAGAGACCAACUCAGGCUCCCAGGGUGUCGGGGAGGCUGGGGGAAGGCAAGCCUCUGGGCAUCAGCAGCACCACCCCGAAGGGCAGAGACCCUGGGUCCCAGCAGCUGCUCCUGUGCCCCAGGGAACAAGUCCGGGACACCUUCCAGUAGGUGACCAGCAAGAGCUACAGCCCCUUGGAGGGGCCCGACGGCCAGGGCCCCCUGCCCUGGAACAUGCACCAGACCUGCUCUGGCUACGGCCGGGAGAGACCAGGCGUGGGGCCCCUCACCAAGGAGGUCAGCGCGGGGCUGUCCCCUGCCCCACACUGGCAUCACCUCCCUCCCCGGCCUGCCCUUCCCACUCCCGGCACCCCUGCUGCCACAGCACCCUGAGCAUCGUCCACCUCCGUGUCUCUGCCGUGGUCACUGCCGUCGUUCUGUCACCUGGAGACCCUCAGAAGGGAGCCUCACUCGUACCUCCGUUUCCUCUUAGCUUUCUUUUGCUGCUGGAGAUGGAGCCCAGGGCCUCAUGCCAGGCAGAGCCCUGCAUAUCUUUCGUCUUGGGGGUGACCAGAGCAGGGGGAGGAAGACUAGGGGUGAAGCAGGAGUGAGGGAGCCAGGAAAGAGCAGCAAGGCGGGCCUGGACAAGGGCCUGCAGGGCCAGUGUCCCAGAGAUGCCGAGGCAGGUGACGGGCUGGCAUGGGUCCAGCAAGCAAGCAACACAAAGACCAGGGUCCGUGUGGGCAUCCUGAGAGCCUGGCCCUACAGGAAGCGACUACCCACCCUGACCAGGUCGAGAAGGUCCACUUCGACACCCGGGAGCACGGACCGCAGGCCAUCCCGGGGCUGGAGCCCAAGGCCAUGCCCCUGCUCCUCCAGUUGCAGGACAAGGGCCCUCCGGAGCGGGAGAAUGCUGGCCACGGCCCACGCUCCAGGACGUCUGAGUGCCACUCCAAGUAUCUCAGCGAGCUGAAUGCCCAGCCUGACCUGCUGCAGAGGAGGACCAUCGGUGCCAAGGAGAGGACGGGCUUCACCAAGGGCAAUGCCCAGAGCCCCCUGGACUUCCUGCCGCCCUCCCAGGCCCUGCUGGGGGACCCCGUGCUGCUUCGGGGCCGCAGUGUCACCAAGCCGGACUUCCUCCCUGUGACUAACCCACAGGGAAGUGAGUUCCUGCCGGUGCUGGCCCAAGGCUCUGAGCGGGAGACAGGCUACAGCCGAGCAAAUGACAGAAUGCUGAACCCCAGGGUGACCCCUCCAGGCCCUGCACCCAGCAGCACAGCGCAUGGGCACUUUCUGCAUCCCCGGCCAAUGCAGCAGACCAACGUGGCCCUGCUGGGCCACCAGACCAUAGGGACCAAGGAGUCCACAGGCUUCAGCAUUAACACCGGCGGCUACAUCUGCAGCCCGGGCAACCCCGACCGGGACAGCCAGUACCUGACCACCUACAGUCAGGGGUUCUUCGAGAACAUCCCCAAGGGGCUGGACCGGGAAGGCUGGACCCGAGGUGGCAUCCAUCCCUUGAAGCCAAGCGGCUACACCCUCAACCAGGGCCUCACCUGCCUGGAGCACAGCCCCAGUGCCCCGGAGAGCCUGUGGUGCCCACACUCCCACAGGGGAAGGCCAGUUGGGGUUUCCGGGGACAGCGUACCCACAGCCCGGCUCUCAUCCACCCACCCUCCCUCCCCAGGACACCAGCCCCGGGACGGAACAGCCCACUCACUGUGCCCAGGAAAUAAAGCCCAGGGGAGCACCGCAUGGUGUCCUCACACCCUUGAAGGGUCCAGCGCAGUUUGGGUGCCCUGUGGCGCUCUGUGGAUGGGCUGGGGCACCGGGACUGGCUAGAACCUGGAGCCAUGACCUCUGGAGACAAGUGACUUGCUCUGGCUCCUGUGCUGGCCCGGGGAGGCAGAGGAAGGAGGGUCUCUCCCACCUCACAGUCCCACUCCCCAGCCACAGGGUGGAGAGGCAUCAAGGCAGGACUUCUGCGCCUUCUGAGUCCCGCCCGGGUGGCCAGAGGAGGGUGUGACUAAGCCUCGUGCCAGAGUCAUGAGGGUGGACAGCCAGACUCGGCAGGGAUGCAGACAAGGUGCCCCGAGGGCCCUCACUGGCAGCACAGGCGCUGACAACUCAGGCUGUACUCCUCCUUCAUGGGCUGCAGCCUGGCACUGGGCACCUUUGGCCACUCAGCCAGCUGCACGCACAGUGCACACGGAACAACCAUCCCAUCUUAUACCCUAGGAGCCGGGCUCCA